CUUCUGCCUGGGCUUUGGAGAGGCGGGAGCGCAAUCCAUAAAUUCUACCCGGAGCGUCUUGGGCUGCUUUGUCUCAUUGGAAACAAUGCUGGCGGGGGAAUGUGCCUGAACUUUCUUUCCCCCUUCCUUCUGAAGCAAGCCGGGACUUCUUCCCAGGGUUCUUCCCCCCAAGGAUCCUUCUCCGCCGGAGGAUGCGGGCGCUGAACAUCACCCCGGCGCAGUUUGCGCGGCUCUUGAAAGCCUACAAUGUGACCCGGGAGGAGUUCAUUGCGCGCUACGGGCUCCAGCCGCUGGUCUACAUCCCGGAGCUGCCCGGGAACGCCAAGCUGGCCUUCGUCCUGACCUGCGCCCUCAUCUUCGCCCUGGGCUUGUUCGGCAACGGGCUGGUGCUCUCCGUGGUGGCCCGGCGCAAAGCCAUGCGCACCGUCACCAACAUCUUCAUCUGCUCGCUGGCGCUCAGCGACCUCCUCAUCGCCUUCUUCUGCGUCCCCUUCACCAUGCUCCAGAACAUCUCCAGCAACUGGAUGGGCGGUGCCUUUGCGUGCAAGAUGGUGCCAUUUGUCCAAUCUACUGCAAUAGUUACUGAGAUCCUCACAAUGACCUGCAUUGCUCUAGAAAGGCACAAUGGGAUUGUCCACCCGCUCAAAAUGAAAUGGCUGUACACCAACAGAAGAGCAUAUACAAUGCUUGGCAUAGUUUGGUUCCUGGCAGCAAUUGUUGGGUCACCAAUGUGGCAUGUACAGCGACUGGAGAAUAAAUAUGACUUCCUUUAUGAAAAAGAAUACAUUUGCUGCUUGGAAGAAUGGGCCAGCCCAGUUCACCAGAAGAUAUAUGCCACUUUUAUUUUGGUCAUUCUCUUCCUCCUCCCAUUGAUGCUAAUGCUCUUACUCUACACUAGGAUUGGCUAUGAGCUCUGGGUUAAGAAGAGAGUUGGAGAUGCUUCUGUUCUGCAAGCCAUUCAUGGGAAUGAGAUGUCUAAAAUAUCACGGAAGAAGAAACGAGCAAUCAUCAUGAUGGUAACGGUUGUAAUAUUGUUUGCCAUCUGCUGGGCUCCUUUUCACAUAAUGCACAUGAUGCUAGAGUACAGUAGUCUUGAAAGCAUGUACGAUGAUGUCACCAUUAAGAUGAUCUUCGGUAUUGUCCAGGUGAUAGGAUUUUCCAAUUCCAUUUGCAACCCCAUCGUGUAUGCCUUCAUGAAUGAGAACUUCAAGAAAAACUUCCUCUCUGCAAUUUGUUUUUGCAUUAUAAAGCAAACUCUGUCCUCAUCGAGACAGCGGCGGGGAAAUGUGGAUAUUAUAAUGACACAACACAAAGAAGAUGCCUGUAGGAAAGAUCCAGUCUUGGAGAGGAGCAGAAGAGAAGCAUUUAGUGAAGGGAACAUUGAAGUAAAGUUCUGUGAACAGCCUUUUGCAAAAAAGACCUCCAAGAGGCACCUUGGAUUUUUUACAUCUGAACAUCAUGCUUCAUUAGAAUCCUAAUGGGUUUUGCUGGGAGACUUUGCUGGGUUUUUGUAUUCUAAGGUAAUCAAAUAGUUAUACCUUAUACAAGGUUUGGCCUGUCCAGAAGCCUAAUAAUAGGCUUUCUGUCUUAUCACACAAUGGGACGUUCUAUUCACUGAAUUUCAGUUUAAUGCCAGUUUCCAGCUGGGGGUGCUAAUUUCAAAAUCCAUGUGUUUGGAGGGUAGUUGCAAGAAUUGGAUUGGGACUUAGUCCUCUAUAGCAGUAGACAGAGCCUAUGGGCUCUUCUACACAGGCCCUGAAAUGUGGAAGUUCCUGAGUUAAAAGGCAGAGGGUGGCUUAAAUGACGCUAGCGCUAAAUCAGUGUUGAUUUACAGUAACAGACAAAAAACACGCGUUAUAAAGGUCCCCUUAUAACCAGAUUCUGGCUGAAAAAUGUGCAUAUUCACAUCACUGUAUAUCCCUGCAGUCAUGCAAAAUGCACGUUGUUCUUCUCUUCUCCCUUUGGAGAUUGAUCCAGCACACCUCUGCUUUUAAAAGCUCAAAACAGCCACACAGGUGACUCAAGGGAUGUACAAGUGUAAAGCAGUUAGAAUGCCCUGUAACUCUUUAUUUUAAACUUUAUAAUCUUAAAAGAAGUUGAAUUAAUAAUUGGGGGAAGGGAGAGAUCUGGCGGAAGUUGUUUUUUUAAAAAAUCCCUCUGUUAUGCGCUGGACUUCAUAUGCACACAUGUGAAUCUGGUUAUAUUUAUAUUAAGAUGUUCACAUGUGUGCAUAUAUGGUCCAACACAUAACAGAGUGAAUUUAAAAAAAUUAUACUGGAUGUUCCCCAUCUGCCCUCCAUCUUGUUCUAAUAUGGAAGAAGCCUGUGAGGAUGGCAGGGGACCCAAUCCCAGGACUAACAGGUGUGCAGUCAGGUCCCUGGAUUUUUUACCCCCUCCCCCCCAUUUGAAACACGGGUUUCGGCGCUGUCUGGAAUUGCCCUAAGUUAGUCAAGGAUCAAGAUGGUCUGUUCUUUCAUCUCUUUGGCUCAGCACAAUACGCAUAUUGAUUUCUACUGCUGGAGUAAUGAAUACGAAAUAGUCCUUCCCUUUUCCAUGUUAUUCCUUUUUAUCUGAAAAGCUUCCUGAGGACCCACACAGAAUGGCAGCUAUUUCUCAAGAUAAUAUCAAGACUCUGCUAGGCAAAAUGUUUUUGCCCUAGUUAACUUUGAACACGCUUGAAGAGUUGGUUUCUUAAUGGGUAGUCAUUUCCCAGUGAUACUCAUGCGCUUGUUAAGCACAGACUACUGUAAUUUAUGUUAAACUAGUUCAUAUUUUAACUAAAAUCUAAUUCUACAAUUCCAGAAUUUUCACUAGUGCUGUGUUUUGUGAUUCUUUGACUUCAUGCUGCUGCUCUUUCUGGGGUUAUUUCUCCAAAGUCUGUUCAUGUAUUGUUGAAGACUGACUAAAACUCUGCAUGCAACAUUGUUAAAAAAAUCCUUUUACUUUUUAUAUGUACUAUUUUCAUUAAUUGACCUAAAAGAAUACAAAUAAUAAAACAGACUUGCUUGUGCAUUAUA